AUGCCUCAUCCAACGACCAAUCAAAUCACUGUGGACGAUUCCAAAGUUCACGGAGAUUGGCGAGAUGAAUUAUUCCAAAAUGGAUACGUUGUGGUGAAGAACGCAAUCUCACCAGCGCGAUGUGAAUACUACAUCGACAAGAUGUUUCAGUGGUUGGAAAGUUUCCCUUUCGGGUUUGACAGAAACAAUCGCUCAACUUGGACUGAACAACAUUUACCCACACACAUCAAGGGAGGAAUGUAUCAUGGAUAUCGUGUCCAGCAUGAGAAGUUCAUAUGGGAGGCCCGGACGGAAGAGGGAGUAAUCGAAGCCUUCGCAAAACUGUGGGGAACAGACAAGCUUCUAGUCUCUUUUGAUGGAAUAAACUUCACGCUUCCAUCUGGUACUACUCUGCCACAAACGCAGCCUUGGCCACAUAUUGACCAGAGCCCACUGCGAGAGGGCAUGCAGUGUGUCCAGGGUAUUCUCAACUUUGCACCAAAUGGUCCUCAAGAAGGGGGUCUUCUCGUCAUGAAGGGAUCUACAAAGCUUAUGCCCGAGUUUUUUAAGACUCACUCGGGUACAAUUGGUCGACCAACAUGGGGACCUAGCGAUUGGUUUGGCUUUGACGAGAGCGAGGUGAAGUGGUUUGAGGAAAGAGGCUGUGAGAUUCACAAGGUGACUGCUGAGGCUGGCGAUCUUAUUCUCUGGGACUCUCGCACUAUGCAUUUCAAUUGCGUUCCAUCAUCUCAGAAUCUGCGCGCCAUUGUUUAUGCGUGCUAUACACCAGCUUCCUUUGCAACGCCUGAUAUCUUGCAGCAAAAGGGCGAAUUUUUUGACCAGCGAAUUGGAACAACACAUUGGCCCCAUGACAAUCUAUUCACUGAAACAAGUCACUCAAACCUCCCAGAAGAAGAGGAAGGGGACGUGACAAAGCGUCUUUAUGAGGAGCCUAUUGAGACCGAUCUUGUGUUGAAGUUGGCGGGAAAAUUUUCUUAUUAA